AUGCUAUUCAACCUUGGAUUGACCGCGGAUGCAGCAGCAGCUCACGACAGCGACGUUCUUGGUCCCCAAUCCGAUCUCCAGACCUCGUCGCGCCAUUCCUCGCCGCCUGUAUCCUUCGCGACGCUACCAACCUGGGGUCUGGGAAGCUUGUACGGCCGGCGCAAAGUGACAGAAACAGAAAAGCCGCCGCUGCAAGAACACCCACGUGCAAUGUCGAGGCCACCUGCAGUAGACCAGAUAUUAUUGUCGAGCGAUGACGAGCAUUCGACCGUCGGGCCGACUCUAGCUUCCUCGAGGAUCGCUCGGUCAUAUUCGACUAGGAAACAAUCGUCGCGACCUAAAACGUCAUACCAAUUAGCGCAUCCCGCAUCCCACGCACGUCACAGGCGACUGAAACUCCGACCCAAGCUCCUCUUACAGCUCCAACAGGUGUCACAAACCCCGCGUCCCUUACCCAUUUUGGACGUCCUCCCGUCAAGUGUGUUUCUGCCUAGACUGGCCCGCAAAUUCCCAACCAUCUUUCGCGGCAAGAAAGGGCUUGGUCCCAACGACCUUAUCGUCGUCACCGGCGAUCGCUAUGAACAGAGCCAAGGCGAUUUUGCCGACCGGCAUCUGAGCUCCGAUGAAGAAAACGGAGAGCACCGUGAAGUUGUCGCAACGAUAUGCCAGCUGUUAACGGACGAUGCAUUAUCGAAAGGCAAGGCGGAAAUCUGCCUUAGUUAUGGACCGGUCUGGGAGGCGACACCACUGGCCAAUGGCUCGUACGAGUUCGUGGCCCAAACCGACGAAGGCAUCCAGGUCCUGCGAUGGGUGCUGCGGGGAGGCAAGAACCGUCGCGUAUCGGCGCCCCCCGAUUUUGGCCUCCAGGAGGACAGCAAGCGCUUCACAUUCAGCGUGAUCAAUCCUAACACCCGCCGUCACCCUGUCCUCGCCACGAUGACCCGGAACCAUUUGGAGGUAUUCCACGAGUACUCAAUACCGGCCACCUCGGGGAUCGCUUCCCCUACUUCUGCCAUGUCGGUGGUCAGCGACCUCUCGGAGAUGGACGAGCCAUUGAGCGGAAGGAUGCCUGUUGACGACGACCUGCGCAUGUUGAUUAUUGUUACUAGCUUCUGGGUGGCCUUCCGAGAGGGCUGGUCGCAUACCUUCAGCUACAACGACGCCGCUUCGACGCUCAACCCCAGAUCCCGCUGUCCAUCACGACAGAGCUCCCCGACAGCCUUUAGGGCUGAAACCGAUCGGUCCUUGGAGGAAGAGGUCAGCAAUCCGACAGGCCCCGCCGCCACGAACCGCAGACAACACCGCAUGUCCACAUCCAGCUGCAUGUCAUCACCCCCCAACACAAUUUCCGACCAAUCAACGCUCGGGCGUCUAUCGAGACGUUCCAACUCAACCGGAGCAGCAUUCAUUGAGCGGACCAACCGACGUGCCUCUGGCACUCUCGGCCGCCUCAACCGCCACAGCACGCUUUCCAGCACUCGUGAGCCCGUCCAAGACGCGGAUGCCAACGCUACGCCCACCCCGGCUCGACAAGAUUCGAGCACGCGCAGACGCUGGUCCCACCGCAGAAAGCCCGAGGCGCCGGACUUGAAGCAAGCGCCCGACAAGGAUAUCGACCGGUCGCAAGGUACCAGAAGCCCUCGCCCGCAGCCCCAACAACCACCACCACCACAACCGGACCGAGCAAAUGGGAAUGCGUCUCCAUCGAACAACAAAUCUAUUGAACCGACUCCACCCAAGGGCAAACGUCGACAUCGACUCAGCAGUCUAUUCGACUUCAUCAUCCGCAAAAGUACCCACUCACAUUGA